GCACCAAGUAUCUGUAGUCAGAACGGAUCUGACGGAGUUCUUGUAGCUCAUGAAAAUUGUAACCAGUUUUAUAAAUGCGCCCACGGCAUACCAGUAGUCCAAACUUGUUUCAGUGGACUCUUUUAUAAUCCUCACACCGAACAAUGUGACUGGCCUCAUGAGGUUGAUUGUGGAGAUAGAGUAAUUCCUGGUAAUGGCGGUGGCUCCGGAGGAGGCGGUGGCUCUGGAGGCAGCGGGGAGGCGGAUCCAGUUGCAAUUGCAAUCCUGCUGAAGCAGCAAGUAUCUGCGGUCAGAAUGGAUCUGACGGAGUCCCUAGUGGCGCACGAAAUCUGUAACCAAUUCUACCAUUGUGAUCAUGGGAAGCUAGCCAAGAACUGCCCUGUAGGCACAUUAUAUAAUCCUUACAUUGAACAGUGCGACUGGCCAGAAAAUGUUGAUUGUGGAGAUAGAGUAAUUCCUGGUCAUGGCGGUGGCUCCGGAGGAGACGGUGGCUCUGGAGGAAGUGGUGGCGCUGGAGGAGGCGGUGGCUCUGGAGGACGCGGUGGCGCCGGAGGAGGCGGUGGCUCUGGAGGCAGCGGAGGUUCUGGAGGAAGCAUCGGCUCUGAUGGAAGUGACGGUUCUGAUGGAAGCAACGGUUCAGAUGGAAGCGGCGGCUCUGGAGGAAGCGGCGGCUCUGGAGGAAGCGGUGGCUCUGGAGGAGGUGGCGGCGCUAGUGGAGGUGGUGGCGCUGGCGGAGGCGGCGGCUCUGGAGGCGGAUCCAGUUGCAAUUGCAAUCCUGCUGAAGCACCAAGUAUCUGUGGUCAGAACGGAUCUGAUGGAGUCCUUGUAGCUCAUGAAAAUUGUAACCAGUUUUAUAAAUGCGCCCACGGCAUACCAGUAGUCCAAACUUGUUUUAGUGGACUCUUUUAUAAUCCUCACACCGAACAAUGUGACUGGCCUCAUGAGGUUGAUUGUGGAGAUAGAGUAAUUCCUGGUAAUGGCGGUGGCUCCGGAGGAGGCGGUGGCUCUGGAGGAAGUGGUGGCGCUGGAGGAGGCGGUGGCUCUGGAGGAAGCGGUGGCGCUGGAGGCGGCGGAGGUUCUGGAGGAAGCAACGGCUCUGAUGGAAGUGACGGUUCUGAUGGAAGCAACGGUUCAGAUGGAAGCGGCGGCUCUGGAGGAAGCGGCGGCUCGGGAGGAAGCGGUGGCUCUGGAGGAAGCGGUGGCGCUGGAGGAGGCGGUGGCUCUGGAGGGAGCGGUGGCUCUGGAGGAGGCGCCGGUGCCGGAGGAGGUGGCGGCUCUGGUGGAAGCGGUGGCUCUGGAGGAGGCGGCGGCUCUGGAGGAGGCGGCGGCUCUGGAGGAGGCGGCGGCUCUGGAGGAGGCGGUGGCUCUGGAGGCGGAUCCAGUUGCAAUUGCAACCCUGCUGAAGCAGCAAGUAUCUGCGGUCAGAAUGGAUCUGACGGAGUCCUUGUGGCGCACGAAAACUGUAACCAAUUCUACCAUUGUGAUCAUGGGAAAGCCAUAGCCAAGAACUGCCCUGUAGGUACAUUAUAUAAUCCUUACAUUGAACAGUGCGACUGGCCAGAAAAUGUUGAUUGUGGAGAUAGAGUAAUUCCUGGUAAUGGCGGUGGCUCCGGAGGAGGCGGUGGCUCUGGAGGAAGUGGUGGCGCUGGAGGAGGCGGUGGCUCUGGAGGAAGCGGUGGCGCUGGAGGAGGCGGUGGCUCUGGAGGCGGCGGAGGUUCUGGAGGAAGCAACGGCUCUGAUGGAAGUGACGGUUCUGAUGGAAGCAACGGUUCAGAUGGAAGCGGUGGCUCUGGAGGAAGCGGUGGCUCUGGAGGAAGCGGUGGAUCUGGAGGAAGCGGUGGCUCUGGAGGAGGCGGUGGCGCUGGAGGAGGCGGUGGCUCUGGAGGAAGCGGUGGCGCUGGAGGAGGCGGUGGCUCUGGAGGCGGCGGAGGUUCUGGAGGAAGCAACGGCUCUGAUGGAAGUGACGGUUCUGAUGGAAGCAAUGGUUCAGAUGGAAGCGGUGGCUCUGAAGGAAGCGGUGGCUCUGGAGGAAGCGGUGGCUCUGGAGGAAGCGGUGGCUCUGGAGGAAGCGGUGGCUCUGGAGGAAGCGGUGGCUCUGGAGGAAGCGGUGGUUCUGGGGGAGGGGGUGGUUGUCCCGACGAUCCUAGCUUAGCUCCUGAUAUAUGUGGUGCCCCUGACUCUAAUGGAUUACUAGUUGCGCACGAGCGCUGCGAUAAAUUCUUCAUGUGUAGUGGUGGUAGACCAAUUGUAGUUACUUGCCCCCCUGAUAUGCCCUUGUUCAAUCCUAACAUUGGCGCAUGUGACGAGGCCUUAAAUGUGGAUUGCGGGAACAGGGUUAUCCCUGAUGAUAGUAUCAAUGAUGAUGACUGUAACUGCAGAUUCACAGGGGUUUCGUUGUGUGCAUCCCCAGGAACACACGGCAUGAAUGUUCCUCACGAAAAUUGUAACCAAUUCUAUACUUGCGUUCAUGGCAAUGCAGUAGAGAACACUUGUCCUCACAAUUUACUUUACGAUCCGAUAAAACAAGUUUGCGAAUGGCCUAUGUUUAUUGACUGUGAGGGAAGAAAUAGACCAACGUCGUUCAUGUCUCUCAACAAACAUUUGGAGGCGCGAUACCGUUUAUUCUGAAGUUACUGGUACCCUGCAAUUAGUUACUCGUUAUUAGAGUACCAUAGAUUUUCUACUUCGCAUUGUUCGGUAUGCAUGUUAGUACUAAGAUUUAAAGGCUGUGAGGUUCUGUAAUGAACUUUAAUUCGCAGGAGAGCUUUUGUAUAUUUUAACGCCUGUAUUCAUAAAUGUUAUUUAUCUAAGGAUGGAGCAUUGCUAUGAUAACAAGUCUGAAUACGGGCGUAAGCAUUUUAAUAUGUGAAUUUAUUAUAUAUUUUGAACAAAUAAAUGAAUGAAUCGAACAAA